AUGUAUCAAAUCUUGGAGUUUACUCAGUCUUACUUGUUAAGUCAUGAUUCUGAACCAUUCUAUAAGUUUGUCAAUAAAGCUUAUGAUAAACCCAAAUUCAAAUUUCAAGUAAUCAAGACCAGAAGAAUCAUAACGAUGGAUAGUUUCAACAAGGAGAUGUCAAUCCUGUCAGGUAGGGAUUUCAGAUUGUAUGUGCUUUUAGGACCCAAAACCUUGCCUCCAAGAGAAUUCAAAGAAUCGUUUAGCUUGGAGGAAGCAUUUGAGGACGAUGUGGAUUUGGUGUUUGAUCCUUCUAACGUGGAAUUUGUCACUGUUGAUGAUGAGUAUGAUAUGAACAAUGAUCUAUAUCGAGUUUUAGGAUCAGUAGGUUACCUGAUCAAAGAAGAUACCGCUUAUAUGACAGCUUUUACUUCAUACAUUAGAAAUUUGGGACCCAACAUGAUAAAUCUUACUAUCCCUCGAUUGAGUCAAUUCAAUGUCAAAGGAAUUGAAGCCAAUUGUGUGAGAGAGCACCAAUUAUUUACCUAUUAUACAGAGAAAUGUGGAUUUCAACCUUCUGGUCAACCUGAUGAUAUUUGUAAAGUAGGGAAAUCUUUAGGGUCAUUUUCAACCGCUGUAGCUUAUAGAGAUUUCUCCGUAGCGUUCAUUUAUAGACCUUUAUAG